GCAACAGUGACACUGACAGCAACUCCACAAGAAAGUCUGCCGUGCGUAAAGCUGUUUGUUCACUGAACACGAGGCGGAGCUGCCGUAAAUCCUCUGCUGGCAGUAAAGAAGAUCCUGGAGCUACAUUCUGUAUUCAAGGCGACAUUAGCAUGGACAUGACCGAGGCUCAGACUGGAAGGAUUGUUGGAAUCACACAUCCAGAUGAUCCUCCUCAGCGUCUUCACCCGGCAGGUGCCGACCUAAAGACCAAUCAGGGAUAUGGAAUGUGUAGCACGAAUGAGUCCAGCACAGUCUGCCCUGAAGCUGACGUCAGCAUGGACAUGACGGAGACUCAGACUGGUAGGAUUCACACCGGGAAACAACAGGCUGGUCCAACCAGAGGCAGGGCUUCGCUAGCAGCCAAUGGAAGAAGGCCAUCCACCGCCGCACCAACCUCUAACAGUGAAGACACUAUCUGUCUAGAUGGAGACAUAAGCAUGGACAUGACUGAAGCUCAGACUGGGAGGAUUUUUGGGGUCACACCUUCGGAUGCAGCUCCUCUGUCUGUCCUUUCCACCACUCAACCCUUUUCUCCAGAGGAUGGUAAUUCAAAGAGCAAACAGAGAUAUGAGAGUCAUGGUGCACCUAGAGUCAGAGCUUCACUGGCAUUUAAUGCGAGAAGGCCAUCCACAGCUGCACCACCCUCAAACGACCUCUCUACUCUGACCUGUCCAGACGGUGACAUAAGCAUGGAUUUGACUCGGGCACAGACUGGGAGGAUUGUGGAAAUCGCACUUGCACACGAUGACCCUCAUUUGUCCUCACAAGGCGUGUACCCACAGGGUAGUGAUCUGAAGAUCCAAACAGCCCAGAUGACUUCCAAACAGAUGGAACAUUUUGCAACAGAUUCAGUUCUUCCUCAAACCAACAAACAGCAGUUUGGCGCCACCUGGGGGAGACCGUCAUUAGCACCUCAUGCAAAAAUGCCAUCCACAGUUGCACCACCCUCAAACGCCAGACGCUCCACUGUGGUCUGCCCUGAUGGUGACGUCAGCAUGGACAUGACGGAGACUCAGACUGGUAGGAUUGUUGGACUCACACCUGCAGAUGAUCCUCAGUUGUUUGUGGCUUCACCAGACGUGUACCCAGAAACUCGUGACCUGAAACGCCAGACGGAGUCAGUCCUUUACACCAGGAAACAGCAGGCUGGUCCAACCAGAGGCAGAGCUUCGCUAGCAUUUAAUGCAAGAAGGCCAUCCACAGCUGCACCACCCUUAAACGAUGACCCCUCCACUGUGACCUGUCCAGACGGUGACAUAAGCAUGGAUCUGACUCGGGCCCAGACUGGGAGGAUUGUGGAAAUCGCACUUGCACAUGAUGACCCUUAUUUGUCCUCACAAGGCGCGUACCCACAAGGUAGUGAUCUGAAGAUCCAAACAGCCCAGACGACUUCCAAACAGACAGGACAUUUUGCAACAGAUUCAGUUCUUCCUCAAACCAACAAACAGCAGUUUGGCUCCACCUGGGGGAGACCGUCAUUAGCACCUCAUUCAAAAAUGCCAUCCACAGUUGUACCACCCUCGAACGCCAGACGCUCCACUGUGGUCGGCCCUGAAGUUGAUGUGAGUAUGGACAUGACUGAAGUUCAGACUGGGAGGAUUUCUGGCGUCAUGCCAAUAGACGAUCCUCCUCAGCCUCCGUCUGCUGCACCCAAAUACGACAAACGUGGUCCAAACGGACACCAAACUCCAUCAGCAUUAAUUGCGAAAACGCCGUCCACUGCUGCACCGUUCACCAACUAUCAGGAAUCAGACACGGUGGACGAUGGCUGCGAUGUCAGCAUGGACAUGACUGAGGCUCAGACUGGGGGGAUUCUGGGAGUCAGUGGCGCUGAUGAUCCAACUCAGUCUCUGUCCACCUCACAAGGUGCCUUCCAACAAAAUGAUGAGGCAGCCAAAUUAAACCUGCAGAGUGCUGACCCGCCUGGAGCGUCAGUGUUCACAGGUGCAAAAAAGUCUUUGGUGGAGAGACGGCAGAUGACUGACUCAAAGGUUGAGGAAGAACAGCUGCGUACAGAUCAGGCCGUUCCAAAUGUUAUGAGCUGCCUCGGCCGCAAAUCAGAAGUGAUUCUUCCACGGCAGGACCCGCUCCUUAAAUUCACCCACAGAAACACGGAUUUACCUUCGACCGUGAAGACGACGCAGAGAAACAGGUCUCUGACGGCACGUGGUCGAAGCCUCGGAUUUAAAAGCUCCUUCCCUCUGACAGGCCUUCCCUGGACCAACGCUGCUAUCACCAAACCAGUAACCACUGCUGACCAGCAGCCUCUGCCAGGUGGAAUGGAGCAGCCUGAGGAGAAUGCUGCACACGUGACCGUGGACGUGGCUCCAGCCAGGGACGACCACUCACAGAAUGAAACCACCAGAGAUUUUCCUGGUGGUAAUAUGAGCAUGGAUAUGACCGACGUCCAAACAGGCCACAUUCCUGGACCAACUAGUGAUGUCUCUCCAACAGCAGAGCCAGGCCCUGAUCUAACAAAGACUACUUUACUCCAGGGUAACACACAGAUGGAUACACACCCCCAUGAGGCCGUGAACAGGGAAACGCCUGAGGACAAGAGUGAACCAAAAAAAACUGAGAGUCUGUCCGGUGCUGCCGUUGAGCAAAAUACAGAGGAGCCAUGUUCACGUAAGUCCAGGAGGAUUAGUUUAGCUAAUCUUCAAUCCAAAGCAAGGCGUCUGAGUCAAAUGAUAAAUGCAGCUCCAGAAGCCUUCGCCCUGGAGGGCGCCACAGCAACGUUACCGCAGACGGACCAAGACUCUGACCUGAAAACCUUGAAGGACAAAACUCUGCCCUUGCCUUCUGCGGCACCUGGACCUGUUAGAGACGUCACCUGGUCCAAACCUCAGGAUUCCUCAAAGGAUGAGUGUCCCACCCCAGAGGAGGUGUUUCCCACGACUCCUCACCACCUGAAGACCAAACUCAUGUCCAGACUCUCGGUGGGAGCCUUCAAGCCAAAACUCCCCCAGAGAAACACCUCCAGUGAUACGAAGAAGAAGAACUCAGACGACGACGUUACCAAAGCCAUGACUGUGAACCUCACGGCCCAUUUGGGCGACGGCGACAACGAUGUGAGCGACAUUUACGAGGAAGAACUCGGGAGUUAUGAGGAUGUUUCAGAAACGCUGGACAACAGCAGCCCACCGAAGCUGGACUCAAAAGAGCCGGAAGAGGACGACGUACCAGAGGAGGAAGCUGUUGCCGGUAAAAAGAGACCUCUGCCAAAAGACGAGAACAGAGGGGAUGAGAACAUGAAGAGGAGGAGAUCAUCCACUGAGAGCAGCGCUGAUGUCGUAGGAAUGCACCACCAAAGUCUGCAGGAGUUUGACAGUAACUCAGCCCCGAACACCACCACACACACCACCGACUACUCCAGCAGCAGUCACGCGUCCAGCAUGAGGUGUGAGGGCACAUUCGAGUCAACUUUCAAGCAAAGUAUGUUUGAGUCGCAGCUGGAAGACUACACCAGUGAAACCCAGAGGAAACUGGACGACGGCUCCAUGACGGUGUUAGAGUUCCUCAAGCUCUUCAACAUUGACUUUGUUAUCCACAAUCCUCGGCAGAGCGUGCUUCCUGGGAAAAUUCCAUCAGAGACGCAGCGAACACAGAUGGACGUGCUGAAGGACAGACACAUCAGUCUUCCACGGCAGCUGGUCUACGAGGAAGACGUUCAGGAGCUGAAAGAAAAGGUGGAGGGGUUGAAGAUGAGAAUGCAGGACCUCGACAAACCUCUAAGGAUGGUCAACAAGGAUUUGUGGGAGGAGUUGAGAGAUUCCUCGGAGAAAGAGCUCAAAUCCUUUGGUUCGAGUCUGAAAGAGAGAAAUAACUUCUACAAAAAGAUGGGAAAAGCCCGGUCACAUGAGAUGAAGGAGGUCCUCUACAGGAACCUCGUGCAGACGAAUCAGGAGGAGCAGCAGAAACUGAGAGGAACCAUUGACAGAGCAGAUGAGAUGAUCAGGAGUCUGGACGAGUGCAUCAGUCAGCUGGAGUCAGAACUGGCUGAGAUUGAAGAAAAGGGUUCUGAGGAAAAACCCAGUCUGAAAACCCUACAACAAGAAUUGGAGACGGUCACUAAAGCUGUGGCUGAAAAUGAAAGACAACAGUCUGAGUUGGAGCUGCAGAAUAAGCAGAACUCAAGUAAAACAGAGAGGCUGAAGGUGGAGACGAAGAACCUGAGGAAGCACGUGGACACGCUGCAUCGGAUCACUGAAUGGACGUUUGGAGACAGGACGGACGACAGCACCGUCUACUCCUUUCUCUACGACUCUGUGCAUCUCCAGGUGGAUUAUGGGAAGUCACAGGAAACAGCUGAUGGUCAUUCUGAGAGGGAAAUAAAAGACAUCGCCUUCAAACUUCGACUGAACGGUCAGACGUCCGAGUGUCACGCUCGUCUCGUUCAUAAACUGGUCUCUCAGUUCGUCAGGGGUCAGAGGUCCUUGGUGGAGAAGUACCCGACAAGUGGACAUGUUCCCAAGUUGCUUCACGACGUCUCCCUGGUGGUGAGUCGCUGCCGACUGCUGGGAGAAGAACUUCGUCUGCUGAAGAUGUGGGGGGCCACGAAGCUCGAUAUUUUGGACCUGACCUGUUUGGAUACUCAAGUGCACGUGGUCUUCAGCAGCCUCAAGAAAUUGUCAAAGUUCCAGGUGGUCUUCUCCAUCACUUUAAAGCAGCGCCUCUGUGUGGUCAAGCUGGAGCGCUGCAGUAACAUUUACGGACAGGCAGAGAUUCAGAAGAUCGACGACAUCGUGGCGUCGUUCACUCCGGGCAGAAACGUCUUCACGAAGAUUAUAAAGAGGAUUCACGCUGAUCUUCUCAGAUAAGAACAUUACAUGAUAUGGUUCAUAUCUGUUUUAACAUCAUUACUUCAUGUCGUCUUUGUUUCAUAUUAUUGUAUAGAUUUUUAUGUUAUGUGUGUACUGUACAUAAAGUAGCUCCUGUGGUGUGUUUUUUAGCUAAUAAAGUUAGAUUAUAGUACUUAUAAUUGCCACGCCUCGGAGAAGAAUGUGAUUAAAUAUAAUAACUUCAGAAUAAUUCAGGUUUAACAAACUAGUUCUGUCCUGAAGUUAUUUUUUUAUCACUACAAUUCACUUCAUUUACUUUGUUUACGUGCAGUUUUCACAGUGGCCACUAGAUGGUACUCAUGUCUGUCUUUUCUGUGCUGUACUUUCUUUCCUUGUAAAAACGAAUGUCAGUGUAAAUAUCAAAUACAAUCUGCAGGUUUUCUAUCUUCUA